AUGGACCCCUCUAAAAUAGAAGACAAGAGCGAUCUUGCAACUGUGCCCUCACAGGAUCUGAAUCAUGAUGAUGUCUUUGGAGAACUGAGAGAAGAUGGUCCUAACUAUCGCAAUGUUGGGUUCACGGGAACUGUCAUCUUGAUGAUGAAGACUCAGAUUGGGCUGGGUGUCCUUGCGAUCCCUUCGGCUUUGGACGUCCUCGGCAUGGUGCCCGGAAUUAUCUGUCUGCUUGCAAUGGCUGUCAUUACCACAUGGUCUGGAUAUGUCAUUGGCACCUUCAAGCUUCGACAUCGUGAAGUGUACAGUAUUGAUGAUGCAGGAGGCGUCAUGUUUGGAUUGACAGGCCGUGCAAUUCUGUCCACCGGAUUUUGCCUUUGUAUGUGCACUCACCAGCUGGUUCUGCUCAAAGGCCCUUGCUCACAACACUUAGAUUAUGUCUUCAACAGUGCUUCCGCAAUCCUCAGUCUCUCAAUUGGCUUGAAUGCAGUUUCUACACAUGCCACAUGUACUGCUGUGUUUGCUGCUGUGGCUGCGAUUCUCGGAUGCGCCAUGGCAAGCAUUCGGACUCUGGGCCGUAUCACAUGGCUGGCCUGGAUAGGUCUGCCAUGCAUUCUGGCUGCCGUGAUCAUUGUCACUGUCGCAGUGGGCUUGGAGGACCGCCCAGCCAGUGCACCCAAGACAGAUGGGCCUUGGAUCCCAGAUUGGAAGGUGGCUGGCAGUCCCACGUUUGCGCAGGGAAUUGCAGCAGCUUCAAAUCUUCUUUUUGCCUUCUCGGGGACACCUGGGUUCUUUUCAAUUGUGUCUGAGAUGCGUGAUCCACGUCAAUACGCCUCAGCUAUGUUGGUCUGCCAGGCAGGUGUCACUGCUGUCUAUGCGAUCGUCGGGUGCAUCAUCUAUUAUUAUUGCGGAACCUAUGUGUCCUCGCCUGCCCUCGGUUCAGCCGGUGGCACAAUCAAGAUCAUAAGUUACGCAUUCGCCAUCCCCGGAUUGUUCGUUUCGAUGACGAUUGUCACCCAUAUCCCAGCAAAAUUCAUCUUUGUUCACGCGUUGCGUGGUUCCCGCCACCUCACCAGCAAUACAGCUACACACUGGCUAAGCUGGCUUGGCUGCACCCUCGGUAUCACAGUUGUUGCAUGGAUCAUUGCUAGUACGAUCCCAGCAUUUGAUGCCCUGGUCUCUCUGAUCGGGGCUCUUCUCGGUCCGCUCAUGUGCAUGAUACCCAUGGGUGGCAUGUGGCUAUAUGACAACUGGUGGAACAGCACUGAUCGGAAAAGGAAUGCAAGCUGGGUGAUUGCUGGUACGUGGAGCAUCGCCCUCGUCCUCUUGGGCACAUUCCUGAUGGUGGCCGGAACAUAUGGAUCUGUGAUGGGUAUUAUGGACACGUACAGUAAGAUUGGGGGCUCGGUUGCGUUUUCCUGUGCCGAUAACUCCAAUUCUGUGUAG